CGUCCCUACUUUAUGCGGUGCGAGAGAGAGCACGUGUGCCACAGAGCUUCGGCACACAAUCUUAUAUAAAAAACCAAAAAUACAAAAAAAAAAUCACAAAACUGAAAAAUCCAAACAAAAAAUCGACUUUUACUACCGAAUACCUCGGUGAAGCAGGAUCCGCGGGCAGUUUGAGGAGUUUAAAAGGGCAACACCGCAUCGGUUUGACUUCAGUAGGCCUUUGGAGAAUUUUAAUCAUCAAUACCGCAAACACGUCGGCGAUUAAUCGUUACCGGACGCGUUUUAAUCAGUCUUUAAGUCUAUCAUUUAAGGUUAUUUUGGCCGUUUGACCGUCUUACGGAAGUAAAUCGAGUAGCUUUUAGCGUGUCCGUCGUCGUCAGCCUUUCGAAGCUCCAGCACGUGUGUUCGGUUCGUUUUUUUCUUUCUUUCGGUUAUCGUGCUUCUAACCGCGCGGUUUGUUAGUUUUUCCUUCGGUCGCUUAGGAAGAUGAACCCCAGCGCUCCCAGUUACCCGAUGGCCUCUCUGUACGUGGGUGAUCUCCACCAGGAUGUGACCGAGGCCAUGCUGUACGAGAAGUUCAGCCCAGCCGGGCCCAUCCUGUCCAUUCGGGUGUGCAGGGACAUGAUGACCCGCCGCUCUCUCGGUUAUGCCUACGUGAACUUCCAGCAACCCGCUGAUGCCGAGCGCGCUUUGGACACCAUGAACUUCGAUGUGAUCAAGGGCAGACCCGUCCGGAUCAUGUGGUCCCAGCGAGACCCCUCACUGCGCAAGAGUGGUGUUGGGAACAUCUUCAUUAAAAACCUGGACAAGUCCAUUGACAACAAGGCCCUUUACGAUACAUUCUCCGCAUUUGGAAACAUCCUCUCCUGCAAGGUGGUUUGUGAUGAGAAUGGAUCUAAAGGAUAUGGAUUUGUGCACUUUGAAACCCACGAGGCUGCAGAGAGAGCCAUUGAGAAAAUGAACGGCAUGUUGCUCAAUGAUCGCAAAGUGUUUGUCGGUCGCUUCAAGUCUCGCAAGGAGCGUGAGGCAGAGAUGGGCGCCCGUGCCAAAGAGUUCACCAAUGUUUACAUCAAGAACUUCGGAGAGGACAUGGAUGAAGAGAAGCUGAAGGAGAUAUUCGGCAAAUUUGGUCCAGCGCUGAGUAUUCGCGUCAUGACAGAUGACGGCGGCAAAUCUAGAGGCUUUGGUUUUGUCAGCUUUGAGCGGCAUGAGGACGCCCAGAGAGCCGUGGAUGAGAUGAACGGGAAAGAGCUGAACGGGAAGCAGGUGUAUGUGGGCCGCGCUCAGAAGAAAGGAGAACGCCAGACAGAACUCAAGCGCAAAUUUGAGCAGAUGAAACAGGACCGCAUGACCCGCUACCAGGGAGUGAAUCUCUAUGUAAAAAAUCUGGACGAUGGCUUGGAUGACGAACGUCUGCGUAAAGAAUUCGCACCAUUUGGCACCAUCACAAGCGCCAAGGUGAUGAUGGAAGGUGGCCGCAGCAAAGGUUUUGGAUUUGUUUGUUUCUCUUCUCCUGAAGAGGCCACUAAAGCAGUGACUGAAAUGAACGGCCGUAUCGUCGCCACAAAACCACUGUACGUGGCCCUGGCGCAGAGGAAGGAGGAGCGUCAGGCCCACCUCACCAGCCAGUACAUGCAGAGGAUGGCGAGUGUCAGAGCCGUGCCGAACCCCGUCCUCAACCCAUAUCAGCCUACGCCACCAUCCGGGUACUUCAUGGCUGCCAUUCCACAGCCUCAGAAUCGUGCCGCGUACUACCCCGCCAGUCAGCUCGCACAGCUCCGCCCCAGCCCUCGCUGGAAUUCACCAGGAGUCCGCCCUCAGCAUUUCCAGAACAUGCCCAACGCGAUCAGGACAUCAGCUCCCCGUCCACAGACUUACAGUGCAGUGCGGCCCCCGUCCAACCAGGUCCCCCGCAUGAUCACCUCGCAGCGCAUGAGCUCUCAGGGUAUGGGUCCUCGGCCUCCAACUGGGGGCGCAGCGACGGGUACAGCUCCAGUGAGAGUGCCACAGUACAAGUAUGCACCUGGAGUCCGCAACCCACAGCAGCACAUGCCCACUCAACAGCAAGUGCCCAUGCAGCAGCCUGCAGUCCACGUUCAGGGUCAAGAACCUCUGACUGCAUCCAUGCUGGCUGCCGCCCCACCACAGGAACAGAAGCAGAUGCUGGGUGAGCGUCUGUUCCCGCUCAUUCAGAACAUGCAUCCCAGUCUGGCGGGAAAGAUCACUGGAAUGCUGCUGGAGAUAGACAACUCUGAGCUGCUGCACAUGCUGGAGUCACCAGAGUCACUGCGGUCAAAGGUGGAUGAAGCCGUUGCUGUGCUACAGGCUCAUCAGGCCAAAGAAGCUGCCCAGAAAUCAGUGCCCAGCCCUGCUGUACCGGCCGUUUAAGACGAGAAUUAUGGAGCUGACUUCAAGAGGGAAGCAUUGGAAAAAUAAUCAAUAUUGGAAAAAAACUCAAAACAGAAAAAUGAAUUCACCUGAAUAUUUUGCCAGGUCAAACUAAAUCUUGACCUUGAUAUAUACAUAUAUAUAUAAAAAUAAAAAAAAAUAGAAAACUUUUAAUUUUGAAAAUUCCAAAACAUUCCUUUCUUUUUAUUCCUCUUAAUUGAAUGCUCAUUGUCAAUUGUGUUCUUGCAGUUGAUUUGCUGGACAUUUGGAAAACAUACAUUUGGAUUAAACUUCUUGAAUAAAACUUUAAACAUUUA